AUGUCGACCCUCGAAUCGCUGCUCAUCCAAGGCGCCAUCCUCGUCGACACGCUGCUGCUGCUGCUUACCACGACGCUGCAACUGGCGAGCUACUUCAGUGACUUGCGAGCCAUGACCAGUGUUGGCACCACCGAGAGUGCCCUUGCCAAUAACAUCACCACCGCCCAGAAACCGGGGUCGCUGACCUCGGGGUCCCACACGCUGGCGACGCUGAAGUGGGGCAUCAUCACCGUCACCGUGCUUGUGCUGCUGCUUAUCUGUGCGGUGUGA